AUGGCAAUGGCAUCUAUUUCAUCGCUCUCGUGCCCGUCUCCCGACACAUCUUCUUGUCUUUUAAAUGAUCGAUUUGCUCCUCAGAUUUUGUUCAUUAACGAUUCCGUUCCCCGAUGUGGUCACGUGCCAAUCUCGAGCCUACAUCGCAUGGCAGCACCCUCCGGUCAUAUCUUCUUCUUUACAAUCUUACCACCGCAAGCUCAUGGUGUCGUGAUUGAUUGUUUAUCUGCCUUGCUGCCAAGUCUAUUAGAGCUUCCUCCUGUGGUCCUUUUAGCAUCAUCUUACGCAUCUUAUGUUUAUUAA